CGUAACAAACAUCUGGUCGCUUUCCUUAUUACACCUUUUUUUUUUUUUCUUUAAUUCAUUGUAUCUUACUGGUAUUACACAUUUUACUGUCUUAAUCAGUUAUAUCUGUUUAACAUGUAAUGUCGUUUUUGGCAUCUUCUCACUGUUUCUAAAAUCUCCUUUUGUGUGUUUAUAUUUAUUUUUUUUUAUACUUUUUUUUUUUUUUUGUGAUAGUGAACAGAUGUUUGUUAAUUCUGGACCUUUACUUUUAAUUCUCUUAUAGACUAUAUGCUUGUAGUUGGCCAGUGAAGACUGGCAUUUUUCUUUUUGCAACUGUAGCUAAAUUUCUGUAUCCCUAUCCUUCUAUAAAGAUAACCUCGGCACCUUUUAUGCAUAUAUGUAAAACUUUAUGGAAUUGUUUAAUACUUUGUGUUAGAGCAAAUAGUGUGCUCUGCUUCUAGGCCAUAUCAGUUGGACAAUACCAGUUUUUUUUUGUUUGUUUUUUAACCUGGUUUGUUUUCUUAGACGCUAUUUUUGUCUUUGAAUAAUUCUUUCACAUUUUUGUUGCUCCUUGGUACACAUUUUCCUCCUCCACCUUCAAUUGCUCUUUUCAGACAGUGGUUUUCAAGCUAUAAUCACUUUUAUUGUAUUACCCCCUUUUAUAUCUUAUUUUCUGAAACUUAAUUGCUGUGUUUGGACUGUUCAACUUAUGCAAACAGCAUAUUAUGGCUUGGGUUCUGAAGAUGGAUGAAGUUAUAGAGUCUGGACUAGUGCAUGACUUUGAUUCAAGCCUCUCUGGGAUUGGACAAGAGUUGGGAGCAGGAGCCUACAGCAUGAGGUUAGAUUGUGACUUUAUAAGGCCUACUUAAUACACUGUCACAUUUGAAUUUAUUUCAGUUGUUUUAUGAAAGGGUUAUUGUCACUUCCAUACAUGUAUUAGUAAGAUUACUUAUCCUUCCUAAAUAACAAAUGAUACAUAACCAUGUUUUUAUGAUUUCUGGUAAUAAAAUGCAACACCCUCAUGUAUUUAGCACUAUUCUAAAGCUGAACACUUCCAAGUUGGCUCUUGUCAACCACUGUUCUAAUCUUUGCUCUCUGCACCCUUUAUUGACAACAUGGGAAACUGAAACACUGGGGGACAUUUCUCAAUGUUCUGAAAAGUGACCAAUUUCACUCAUUGGUUUGACUAUAUUUCUUGUUUUCUCUAUAGGAAAUAUAUAUAUUAUUUUACCACAUAUAUUUCAGAAAACCAACAAAUUUAGUGUGAUGUAACAGAACUAUCUUCUUGGAAAAUGUGGGGGAAUGAUUGAUCUGUUGCGUCACCGAAAAAAUAAAUAAAUCUUUAAUUCAAAAAUGACAAGUCACAGCAGCAGAUAAACAAAAACCUUCAAUAGUUUGCAACAAAUAAGUAUGGAGGGCCCGCAGCAAGCUCUUACUUACCUUUCCUUCAGAUCCCCUGUCUAAAUAUUGCGAGUCUCGCGGCCGUCAGAGCUAGAGUUAGACAGGGGAGCUGAACGGAGCUGCUGGGAAGGUAAGAGCUUGCUGCGGGCCCUCCACUGCACAGUCCUUGCCACCGGACCACCAGGGAAUGCUAUACCCCCCCCCUCCCUGGCCAGGUAAGAAGCAAAGAGGGGACUAAAAAGGUUUAAAGAUUAAAUAUUUAAAAAAAAUAAAGUGCCCUGUAUCCACUACACAAACACAAUGCAUUCACUAAUCAAAUACUAUCACUGCAUCCAAAAUAUAUAUAUAUAUAUAUAUAUAUAUAUAUACACACACACAUAUGAAAACAUAACUUCUGACUGGCAUGUGUAUUUUGUGCAUUUGCCUUAAUAAAAAAAAAAUACAAAUAACUAAAUAAUGAACAUGUUCAGUUAACAGUAGAUUUGGGUAGAAAAAGGUGUUUUUGUUUUUUUUCCCCAAAAAGGUAAAUGUGCAGUGUAUCUGUAAAUUAUCGGCUAUCUGCCUGAAAGUUCAGAGUAUCGGUAUCUGUUCUAAAAAUAAAUCCAAAUCGGUCGAUCCCUAACCCCAACAACUACCGCCCAGCUAACACACUCAUCAGUGCUUUGGAAAAGUUACACAACAUUAAUAUAGAUGAAAUUGAAUGAGUAUCCGAUUUUUGCUGUAUCACCAGAAGCAGGAUGGCUGCUCAGGCGGGACCCUGUUGGACUCUUUGUUCCAUAACUACUAUUGUAGACUGUAGUGGUUAUGGUGCUUACAAUACUACUUUAUUGUAUUGAAGAUGGUGAUAUCUGGACACUGAGAAGAACCUAGUUGUGUUACAGUGUCACCACCAGGCAACAUACCACUACAGCUGCUGUCUUAGUUAUGUUUAAAGGACCACUAUAGUGCCCUGAGGGUGCCCCCACCCUCAGGGUCCCAGUCCCGCUGUGCUGGAUGGCAAGGAAAGGGUUAAAUCUUACCUUUUUUUUUUUUUUCCCAGCGCCGGGCGGGGAGCUCUCCUCCUCUUCGGCUGCAUGCGCAGCAGGAGCUGUGCGCGCAUUCAGCCUGUCUCAUAGGAAAGCAUUCAUAAUGCUUUCCUAUGGACGCUGGCGUCUUCUCACUGUGACUUUCACAGUGAGAAGCACGCAAACGCCUCUUGCGGCUGUCAAUGAGACAGCCACUAGAGGCUGGAUUAACCUUAUUAUAAACAUAGCAGUUUCAGAGAAACUGCUAUGUUUAUUUAAAAAAAGGAUUAAUCCUAGAGGGACCUGGCACCCAGACCACUUCAUUAAGCUGAAGUGGUCUGGGUGCUUAGAGUGGUCCUUUAAAAUGACCCUUUAAAACCAAACAUACCAUGCAUAAACAUGCAUUCCAUCGAUCACAUAUGUAAUAAAAUGGAAAGAGACAUUAGAGAAAGCUUCUAGCAAAAUAACCCCUUCCAUAAUAUUCUGCAGUUUUUCUAUAUAGCAUAUUUAAAGGAACACGCUAGGCACCAUAACCAGCUUUUAAAAUAUUUGUGGUUCAAGGAUACCAUGCAUGCUUUUGUAUGAUUCAGUUCUUUUCCAAUUUCUCACAACAGAGCUUCAAAGUGGAGCUUGUAUCUUUACCUAUAAUUCCUGCCAAUCAAAGAGCCAGGAGUUCCACUAACUGGCUUUUAUACCAAAUUGUUGGUAUGUCAGCACUGCGUUGAGAGGAAUUACAAGCGCUGCUCCCUACGAGAAAGCACUUGCAAAAUCAUGUAUCCCUAUUUCUGAUGAUUGUUGCUGUGCAUGUCACAUCUGUUUAAUUUACAAUAUCUGAUGAUCUGCUCUGUUAAUACUCCACUGUGUGAGAUUGAAGUUAAAUUUACAGGGCAGGAGAUAAAAACGUAAUUUAUAUCUGAAAAUAAAACAAUUUUGUUUUCAUGCAGGCUGUCAGUCACAUGCAGCAGAGGUGUGGCUAGGGAUGCCAAAACAGAAACAAAAAUGACUUAACUCUUAAAUGGCAGUGAAUUGAACAGUGAGACUGCUGGUACUGAUCUAUACACAAAAACUGCUUUAUUAAGCUAAAGUUGUUUGGUGAAUAGUGUCCCUUUAAUGCACAAAAUUAUACAGGAAACAUAAUUACACACGUCUAGAAAUUAUGUAGGUUUUCUUAUUGAAAUGACAACCACUUCAAACACAGUUUUCUCUCCCUUUUUGGACCUACUAAAUAUCUUAUUUCUAAUGUUAGUUUUAUUUCUAAUAUAAUAUUUUAAUAUUUAGACGCAUUUAACUAGAAAUAUAAUUUUUUGUCUCCCAACAUCUGAAGUAUUGUAGCAUGCUGUAGUGUAAGCUAGAUCUAGUGCGACUUGGUAUUAUGUAGUAGUUUCUUAGCAGGCAGUAUUUAAGAAAUUGAUAAAAAGCAUAUGUUUGACUUGUGAUAUAUCAGUAUUUAUUUUUGUCUGUGCAUCUAGGAUGAGCAAGUGCCCUGAAGUUAAAAAAUAUAUUCCAUAGGAAGCUCCCCUUAAAGCGACACUAUCAUACCGUACUUGACUUAUCCCAAUCUCUUCCUUUUCUCUUCCUCUCUCUGGAUCUUUUCUUGCCUAUCUAAGCUAGUUUUCUUUAAAAUGUAAGACAAAGUAGGGACUAUUUUGUCUUAUGUAUUUUUCCUAUGUUUUGACCUAGGGGAGGAGCUAAGUCGGCUCCAUUUCCUGUGGUCAAAGCAAUUUCCCACAAUACUCACCUCUCCUCCUGCUGCUUCAUUCGCGUUCAAAUGCUGGCGAAACUACCGCCGGCAAAUGUCGUCUGAACACAAUGGGAACAGUGUGCAUUCGUGUUAGGAUGCAAUUCGGUACUUUUUUCCUUUUGGUAGGGGCAGAUUAAUAACUAAUACUAAGUAAUCUUUACUUAUUAGUAAAUUUUGGACUUUUAGUAGAUGGCUUCCUAAUACAUAGACACUUAGAAUGUGGCGCCAGAUAAGAAACAUUCAGCCCAUCUAGUCUGCCAAAUUUUCUAAAUACUUUCGUUAGGGCAGCCUUAUGCAUAUCCCAUGCAUGCUUAAACUCCUUUACUGUGUUAACAUCUACCACUUCAGCUGGAAGGCUAUCCACUACCCUCUCAGUAAAGUAAUACUUCCUGAUAUUUUUAAAUCUUUGCCCCUCUAAUUUAACUGUCCUCUUGUUGCGUUUUUUUUCUUUUAAAUAUAGUCUCUUCCUUUACUGUGUUGAUUCCCUUUAUGUAUUUAAAUGUUUCUAUCAUAUCCCCCCGUCUCGUCUUUCCUCCAAGCUAUACAUGUUAAGAUCCUUUAACCUUUCCUGGUAAGUUUUAUCCUGCAAUCCAUUAACCAGUUUAGUAACCCUUCUCUGAACUCUUUCUAAAGGAUCAAUAUCCUUCUAAAGAUACGGUCUCCAGUAGUGCAUACAAUACUCCAAGUGAGGUCUCACCGGUGUUCUGUACAAUGGCAUGAGCACUUCCCUCUUUCUACUGCUAAUACCUCUCCCUAUACAACCUAGCAUUCUGCUAGCAUUUCCUGCUGCUCUAUUACAUUGUCUGCCUACCUUUAAGUCAUCAGAAAUAAUUACCCCUAAUUCCCUUUAUUCAGAUGUUGAGGUUAGUAGGGUAUCAAAUAUGCUGUACUCUGUCCUUGGGUUUUUACGUCCAAGAUGCAUUAUCUUGCACUUAUCCGCAUUAAAUGUCAGUUGCCACAACUCUGACCAUUUUUCUAGUUUACCUAAAUCAUUUGCCAUUUGGCUUAUCCCUCCUGGAUCAUCAACUCUGUUGCAAAUCUUAGUAUUAUCAGCAUAAAGACCUUCUGCAAUAUCACUAAUUAAAAUAUUAAAGAGAAUGGGUCCAAGUACAGAUCCCUGAUGUACCCCACUGGUGACAAGCCCAUGCUUCGAAUAUACUCCAUUGACUACAACCCUCUGUUGCCUGUCACUCAGCAACUGCCUUACACAUUCAACAAUAUUGGAAUCCAAACUUAAAGAUUGCAGUUUAUUGUUAAGCCUUCUAUGCCUUCAAAAAAAUCAAUAAGAUUAGUUUGGCAUGAUCUCCCUGAAGUAAACUCUGAUCUUGAAAUCCAUGUGAUUUUUAGAUGUUCAAUAAUCCUAUCCUUUAACAUGGUUUCCAUUACUUUCACCACUACUGAAGUAAGGUGUGCUGGCCUAUAAUUGCCAGACUCCUCCCUACUACCUUUCUUGUGAACAGGCACAACAUUUGCUAACUUCCAAUCUUCUGGGACUACUGUUAACAAUGAUUGGUUAAAUAAAUCUGUUAAUGGUUUUGCUAGUACACCACUAAGCUCUUUUAAUAAUUUUGGGUGAAUUCCAUCAGGUCCCAUUGACUAAUUUCUCUUUACUUUUGACAGUUGAAAUAGAACCUCUUUCUCUGUAAACUCACAUGUAACAAAUUACUCGUAGUUUUUCCUAACUGAGGUCCCUUUCCUUCAUUUUUAUCUGUAAAUACUGAACAAAAAUAUUAAUUGAGGCAGUCAGCUAGACGUUUAUCCUCUUCUACAUACCUUCCUUCUUUUGUUUUUAAUCUAAAUAAUCCUUUUUACUUUCCUUUUCUCAUUUGUUUCUAAAAAAUGUUUUGUCCCCUUUACUGACACUGCUAUUUUCUCUUCUAUGUGUGAUUUGGAAGAUCUUAUAACUUGCUUAGUCUCUUUCUGCCUAAUCUUAUAGAUAAUUCUGUCCGUGAGAAUAAGGGAGCUAUCUACUUGCGGAACAAAUAGGAUCGGAAUUUCAUUCAUUCAAAUUAAAUUUUGAACCGAACAAAAAGUACUGAAUUGUGUACUAAUACGAAUGGACAUACUGUUCCCUUUCUGUUCGGUCAAAAUUUGCCUGCAGUAGUUUCAUCGGCGUUUGUAUGCGAAUGAAGCAGCAGGAGGAGAGGUGAGUAUUGUGAGAAAUCACAGGAAAUGGAAUGGACUUAGCUCCUCCCCUGGGUCAAAGCUGGUCUAGCAUAGGAAAAAUACAUAAGACAAAAUAGUCCCUUCUUUGCCUUAUGUAUUUAAAAAAAAAAAAAAAAACUAGAUCAGAUAAGAAGAAAGGAGAAACAGAUCCUGAGAGAGGGAGAGAAGAGGAAGCGAUUGGGGAAAGGUAAGUUCAGCAUUAUAGUGUCACUUUAUGGAAUUUUCUUCCACAUAUUAAAGAGACAAUCUUGAAUCAAGUCACUACAGCAGUUCCGGGGCAAAGAGAUUGUCCCUGCAGUGUAAGUACUGCGAGUGUGUCAUUGCUACUUAAUGACAUAUCUAGUGGCUGUCACUUGGACAGCCACUAUAUGGACUUCUUGGUUGCGAUCAUGGAAUGAUUGGUUACAGGACAGAGGUUUGGUGUUUCCAUGCUCUGUUGAAUGACGUGCAUGCACACUAGCCUCUUAAUGUUUUCCUAUGGGGUAAGCAUUGGAUUGGCUGAGAUAAUCCGUAUUAGUAACCAUUGCUUUGUCAUUUUGUAUUAACAUUGUAAACAAGCCAAUGUGAACAUGAAUGAGAGAUGUAAAUAGACCUGCCCAAAUACAUUUUUUUUUUUUUAUAGAAGUGUGCCUAGAACAGAAAGGACUAAUUAUGGCAAAUCUGAUCAACAUCCAUUCACUCUCCAGUCUUUUUUGACCAUUUUUUGUUUCCAAUACAAAAUGUUUCUAACAUAUAUGUACUUUAUAUAUAUAUAUAUAUAUAUAUAUAUAUAUAUAUAUAUAUAUAUAUAUAUAUAUAUAUAUAUAUAUAUAUAUAUAUAUAUAUAUAUAUAUAUUUGUCUAAUGAAUGUAGAUUUUCAGAUAGAUUUUGGAAAUGUUCAUAUUUUUUAUUAUAAUACACUUUAUUCCAGUGAUGUACUUGCACUUCCCAUAUUCAAGCAAGAAGAUGCAAGCCUUCCACCAGAAAAUGAGCCCAAGCAUCCUCCGUUCCAAUAUAUAUUAUGCACGGCAACAUCUCCUGCAAUUAAAUUGCAUGAUGAAACUCUAACAUACCUAAACCAAGGUUGGUAUGCACAUUGCUAUUUAUUUUAAUUUAUAUCUGUCUAUCUAAUGAUUUCAAAAUGCAUACUGGAUUUGUUAUACUUUUAAAGGGGAGUCUAAGCACCGUAAAACUUUAAAAAGUGUGUGGCAUUUAGAGCACCCAAAACCACUCUUAUUUCUUUUGUUCUGCAAAUAGUAAAACACAGUUUGGUUUAGGAACUGUUAGUUGGUCUGUUCAUAAACCGAUAACCGCUAUAACAGUAUUUCUCUUACUUUAUUUUAUAGCUCCAAUCAUCCUAUGCAAAAAUUGGAAAUACAAAUGGGGAAUAAUCUAUCUAUUCUAUAAACUUCUGCUGGUCAAAGUUUAUUGAAUAAGAUCAUUCCCCAUAGACCAGAGUAAGAGUCUCUCAUCAUGGUAUGAGAAGGGUCAGCUCAUCACUGCACAAAGAUCCACUUAGGGACACUUUCAAGUUAAAUAACCUCCUUUUUAAAAAUUUUUAUAUUUGUAAUAUAUUUCUGUAGCUUGUGGCAAUUUCUUUUAAGAGUACAUUGUUUGUCUAUGUAUUUAAAGGACUACUAGAGUGACAGGAAAACAAACUCGUUUUCCUGGCACUAUAUGGUCUUUAGGUCCCCCUCCUGCCGGGCUCUAGAAUGAGGAAGGGGUUAAACACUUGCCUUUCUCCAGCGCCGGGCUCUCUCCUCCCUCCUCGGCUGAAUGCGCAUGCGCGGAAAAUCACAGUGAGAAGCGCGGAAGCGCCUGUAGUGGCUGUCAAUGAGACAGCCACUAGAGGCUGGAUUAACCCUCAAGUAAACAUAGCUGUUUCUCUGAAACGGCUAUGUUUACAGCAGGCAGGGUUAACCCUAGAUGGACCUGGCACCCAGACCACUUCAUUAAGCUGGAGGGUAUAUUGGAUUGAAGGAGGGGUGUGAUGCUGCUCUAAGAGCACAACAGCGAUCUAUACAGAGCCAAUAUCUACAGUAUCCAUUAAAUGUGAGUGAACUGACCAGAGUCAUCUUACUUGUUGUAUAUUACCAUCAUCACUAUAUCUGUAUCUUCUUGUCUUUUAUGUACCUCCGUAUACAUCUAUAUAUACACACACGUGGGGUAAGUUAGCUCAUUGCAUUUUAUUGUACUUUAACGCAACACUUAGGUAUAAGUUAACCUUAUACCACAAGGCGGUGAUAAAAGAUAGAAUAGUUCUCAAUUCACAGUACUGAAUGAAUGUGAAUUAAUUUACAGUCCAUGUUCCAUGAAGCUAGAUAUAAAAGGGUGAGUGGGUCCACAAACAAAAACACAUACAAUAUUUAACAAAUCAACCAAGCAACCCCAACUUACUGAUCUUUGCAUAACACAAAAACACAAUCAAAGAAAAUACGAGGUCCAACAAUUUUUCUUCAAGCAGUCAAGGUUAGAUUAGGCAACACUAUACAGGAGUACCAUGUAGAGUAGACAAAAUGUUUAUUACAUCUUGCAACAUUACAUUUCUUUUCUACACAGUACUUAAAGGACCACUCUAGGCACCCAGACCACUUCAGCUUAAUGAAGUGGUCUGGGUGCCAGGUCCAGCUAGGGUUAACCCAUUUUUUCAUAAACAUAGCAGUUUCAGAGAAACUAUGUUUAUGAAUGGGUUAAGCCUUCCCCUAUUUCCUCUAGUGGCUGUCUCAUUGACAGCCACUAGAGGCGCUUGCGUGCUUCUCACUGUGAUUUUCACAGUGAGAGCACGCAAGCGUCCAUAGGAAAGCAUUAUGAAUGCUUUCCUAUGUGACCGGCUGAAUGCGCGCGCAGCUCUUGCUGCGCAUGCGCAUUCUGCCCAGGAGGAGGAUCGGAGGAGGAGAGCUCCCCGCCCAAUGCUGGAAUAAGGUAAGUUUAACCCCUUUUCCCCUUUCCAGAGCUGGGCGGGAGGGGGUCCCUGAGGGUGGGGGCACCCUCAGGGCACUAUAGUGCCAGGAAAACGAGUGUGUUUUCCUGGCACUAUAGUGGUCCUUUAAAGGACCACUCUAGACACCCAGACCACUUCAAAAACAAUGAUAUACAAUAGUGAAUGAAUCCCUAAAUAUAUAGGUGCUACUAUCACCUUUGUGGGCCACACAAACCACAACAGGAAAUAAGUGAAUAAUAACAAAUAGCAAAUUGGUGAGAGCACACACAAUAAGAAAAUACUACCCACACUGCAGUCAGUCAAUAUAGAGAGAGCCACUUAAUUAGCUGGUUCAAACUUAAUGCCUUGAAUACACAGCAGGACCUCCACUGGGAACUUCUUAUUUCUUUAUGUGUAAAACCUCCAGGACGCAGAGUAGCAGGGGGUAAAAACACUAUUUUUCAAAAGAUCUUGAAGUAAAUAAAAACAAAUAUAUAAAGUAAAUUGAAGUCCCAAAGUAAGAGUCCAGUCACUUGACGCGUUUCGGCUGUUUGCCUUCAUCCGAAGUGAUGUCAGUAUCCAAGGUAUCUUGAUUAAAAUACUUAAAUUUGGCGCCCUUUCCUUCCUCCAUUGGAGUUAUGUCCGUCCGCUUCUGGUCCUGACGUCGGAACGCCUUCUGCGUUAUUACGUUCCGACGUCAUACGUCAUUUCCGGUUCCGGUCACAUGUUUUGUAGUCCGGACGUACGGUCGUACCAAAGCAUACGCGGCGUCUUUACGUCACAUUUAUAACAUAACAGUUCCUUACUAGCUAGUAUUUUUAAUACACAUUCAUUUAAAAACCUAAUUUCAUAUAUUUCUAUAUAUAAUUUGGAAAAUAAUAAAAUAAACCCAUUAUUUAUAUAUAAUCUGCAUAUGAGAACUUUCACAACAAGCUUAAAAAAUAGCAUCAUAAAUAUUUCAAAAACAAUAUAAUACCUAAAUAUAAAAUACAGAUGCUGGAAAGACAUAAAGGGAGCACAAAAGAAAUGAUAUAAAUUGGUUAAUUUCAAAGACAACGUUCAGACCUUGUGGUGUCAUUGUAUCCAACUCAAAUAUCCAUCUCAUUUCUCUUAAACCCAAAAUGUGAUCACUGUCACCUCCUCUCCAAUGGGCUUGGGUAAUAUCUAUCCCAAUAAAAUCUAUUCCAUUUGGAUUUCCAUCAUGGGCCUCUAAGAAAUGUUUGGAUACAUUAUGUUUAAUACAUUUCCUCUGUAUGUUGUAAAUAUGUUCCCUAAUUCUCGUUUUUAAAAAGCGAGACGUCUUGCCUACAUAUUGAAGUCCACAGGGACAAGUCAGCAUGUAUAUCACAUUUUUACUAGAACAGGUAAUAAACGAUUUUAUUGGUUAUUCUUUUUUUGUGGCAAGUGAAGAGAAUUUUUCUAUUUUUCUGUUCUUCUUUUUAAUUCUAAAUUUACAUCCUCUGCAUACCCCACAAUAGUGAAACCCUUUGCUACCCUUUAAAAAAUUAACUUCUUUAUGAAUUUUUUCUUUUUCUAAAAAACUUUUUGUUAAAAUCUGUUUAAAAUUAUUUGCUCCUCCAAAAAAAUUUUGGCUGGUCAUCUAAAAAUGGAAAUACUUCAUGGUCUUCCUUGAAUAUAUGCCAGUGUUUUUUGAUAAUUUUCCAUAAAGCAUAAUUAUUGGAACUAAAAUUAAAGGUAUAUUUUCUUUUAUAUUUGUCUAAUUUUUUUCUUUUAAUUUUAUAUUUCAAAAGGGGUUGUCUUUCUUUUUCGCCAAUUUCUUUUUCGAUUUCCUCUAAUUGACGGACAUCAUAACCCUUUCUAUAUAAUUUUUGUUUUAAAAUAUGUUUGUUUAAAAUAUUCCUCCUUCUCCAUGCAUUUUCUCUUCAUCCUUAAAAAACUGCCCCUUUGGGAUAUUUUCCAACCAUGGUUUAAAAUGACAGCUUCUUAGGUCAAUAAAACUGUUAACAUCCACUGUUUUGAAGAAGGUCUUACUUUUGAUCAGAUUAUCUUCUACAUAAAUAUUUAAGUCCAGAAAGUUAAUCAGUUGAGGGUUAAUUUCAUAAGAAAAACUAAUAUUAAAAACAUCAUUAUUAAGAGAUAAAAUAAAUUCUUCUAAAGUUUCCUUACUACCCCUCCAAAUAAUAAAAAUAUAAUCUAUGUAUCGUCUAUAUAGGACCAGAUUCGCCCCUAUGUUCUCUCUGGAAAAUAAAUUUUUCUCUUCCCAGAAGGACGUAAAAAGAUUAGCAUAACUUGGGGCAAAUCUGGUCCCCAUAGCCGUACCCUGGGUCUGACGGUAGAAUUUAUCUUCAAACCAGAAAAAGUUAUUUUUAAGGAUAAAAUGAAUACCUUUAAUUAAAAAAAAUCCACCUGGAGGUUGUUCAUAUCUUUCAACUUUUCUAAAUAAAGCCUAAUAGCCUCACAACAUCUUUCAUGAUGGAUUAUAGUAUAUAUGCUACUUACGUCACAUGUUGCCAUAAUGAAAUCGUUGUGCCAUUUAAAAUCCUCUAAAAUUUGCAAUAAACUCAUUGUAUCUUUUAAAUAUGCUGGACAUUUAAUUACCAUUUUUUUGUAAAAAUUGAUCUAUGUAUUGUGAUAAAGGUGACAACAUUGAUCCUAUUCCGGAGACUAUUGGUCCACCUGGUUGGUCAUUUACGAUUUUAUGUAUCUUUGGUAAAACAUAAAUAACUGGUAUCCUGGGGUAUUUUGUAUCUAAAAAAUCAUAUUCUUUCUUGGUUAGGAUGCCUAUAUUAAGACCUUCAUCUAAAUAUUCUUUAUAUUUAAUUUUAAUUUGUGGAAGUGGAUUAUUUGGCAAUUCUUUAUAAGUCUUAUCAUCUUUUAACUGUUUAUAAAUCUCCUGUAAAUAUUUGUCUUUCUACCAGAUGACGAUUCCACCUCCCUUAUCUGCCGGUUUUAUCACUAUAGAUUUAUCAUCUUUUAAAUCCUUCAGUGCUAUCUUUUCUUCUCUUGUUAUAUUUUCUUGAUAUCUUUUAAUAGGUUUUAUCUUUUUAAUAUCUUUAGAACAUUAUUUUUCAAAUGUUCUCAUGACAUCUGACUUACAAUUCGUAGGGUAAAAAGAGGAUUUUUUUAUUUUUAUUAUUUAUUUUUUUUUUUUUUAAAUUCUUUAUUUUUUCGUGCAUGACUUAAUUCAACAAGCAUUCAUGUCAUGCCCCAACAGCCAUGACAUGCAUUGAGGUUGGCAAAGUAUAACAGUUGCAUAGGUGGCAUAUGAAAUCGAUGCACAUUUUUAUAUGGGGGUUAUCAAAGGGAACAAGAUGAUAGCCAGUGGUGUGACAGCACAUCAAUCAAUAACAAGACAAGACUGUUCCUGCUCACUGUAUUAGGCAGCUAGCCCCUUGCUUAACCUAUCUCUGUCAGUGUGUGGGCAAUGGGCUGGUGCUUUAGCGCAGUAGGUAGCGUAUUAGGUUAACCACAAAAGCUGGCCUCUCGUUGUGGCUGCAAUGACCUGGUGGAGGGCAUGGGAGACAUAAUUAACGUUGUCUAGGCAGCUGUCUAAACGAUAAAAACAAGAAACAAUAGUAAAGUAUAGGCAAACACUGGGCCAAUUUACAACUAUGUCACCUACGUUUUGUGGUGCAUUUGUGAGCAAGCUUGUCUCCUCCAUUCUUAUGUGCCCUCUGCCACAUUGCGGCGCUGCUACGGGGCGUAGGGUACCGUGAGUACGGUCUGGUCAAGUCGGCAGGGGGUAUGAUCUCCCACUUGGGGUGCGUUGCCCUAGAGGGUAGAUCCAGGUGCGCAUUGCGUAGUGUGGUGGCUGUGUGCAUGGGGGUUUGUGGGAGAGAGUACGACCUGCCGCUAUUUGUGUGGUGAUGUCCUAGCUUUACCGGUGGGUAUGUUGUGAUAGAUGGCUGUUGCUUGCAUGAGUGGUUGUGAGCUUCGGGGUUAUCCGGGUGUGUUACCCUGUAACCGCAGGGUGCGGGGGGGGGGAUGUAUCGCCAUAUCUGCACCGGCAGGGACUAUUGGGCCUCUAUCAUUUGGAUGGCUCUGGUGUGUUCAGUGGUAGGGGGAAACAAGGAAACUAGCUAAUGGGAACAACAAAUAUAUAUACAGUGCGUUUAUCCAGUGCUUAGUCCCGUUUCUGUGUGUCAGUGGGCUCCAGCCGGAGGUUUCACUCUUGUCAAGUCUCUGUUGAGGAGAGGCUUCCAUGUCGUGGCACAAAGGGGAUCACAUUCUCAGGAUUCCAUGUUCUGUUCGUGGUGCUUCCAGGGUUGUUGAGGUCUGGCGUUUCUAUCCCGAGGGCUGCGCAGAGUGUAGGAGCCUCCGUGAGUGCGCGGAGCGUGUGGGUCAUUCCGUUCCGGGGUAUGAGCAAGGUGCCUUGCGUUCCCCAGCGGUAUGGCACUCCUUUGGACCGGAGGUGAGUCGUGAUGGGGCCCAUUUGUCUGCGCCACUGCAGCGUUGCCCUAGUUAAGUCAUGGAAGAAAUUUAGAGAGGAGUUCUCAAACUGUAGUGGGGUUUUACCACGUGUUGCCGCCAUAAUGUGGCUUUUGUCCUUCGCAGAGGAGCAGCGGACGAUUACGUCCCGUGGCUCAGGAGUGGAGAGCUUGGCCAUGCUGGUGAGUCGGAAUAUGCCAUCGAGUGUGACUUUUUUGGCCACCGCUGGUGGGAGUAAGGCGGCCAACAGCCUCCGGAUAUAAUGCGGGAGUUCUUCAGCACUUACUGCCGCUGGUAUGCCUCGUAUUUUAAUGUUGUUUCUCCUUAGUUGAUCCUCGAGGGUUGUCAAGAGGAUUUCUUUUUAAGAUUAGUAUGAUUAAAAAUAUUAUUAGUUUCCAAUGUUUUUUUUCUGGCAUAGGAAUUUUAUGAUUCAAAUUUGUCUAAAUUGCAGCAGGGAGCAAAUUUAAAACCUUUUAAAAAAAAUACUUAUAUGUGCAUUAUUUAUACUUUUUUUUUUUUUUUUUAGAUAAAUGAAAAAUCCUAAAAUUUUCUGAUUGUUCAUGGCUUUCUAUUCCCUCCAAAAGUUCUCGUUCCUUCUCUUUUUUUCUGAUUUCUAUCUCCUCCUCUCUGAAUUCUCUGAAUUCGGAAAAUGAUCAAAAAACACUGGCAUAUACUCAAGGAAGACCAUGAAGUGUUUCCAUUUUUAGAGGAGUUUUUUAGAAAAAGAAAAAAUUCAAAAAGAAGGUAAUUUUUUAAAGGGUAGCAAAGGGUUUCACUAUUGUGGGGUAUGCAGAGGAUGUAAAUUUAGAAUUAAAAAGAACAGAAAAAUAGAAAAAUUCUCUUCACUUGCCACAAAAAAAGAAUAACCAAUAAAAUCGUUUAUUACCUGUUCUAGCAAAAAUGUGAUAUACAUGCUGACUUGUCCCUGUGGACUUCAAUAUGUAGGCAAGACGUCUCGCUUUUUAAAAACGAGAAUUAGGGAACAUAUUUACAACAUACAGAGGAAAUGUAUUAGACAUAAUGUAUCCAAACAUUUCUUAGAGGCCCAUGAUGGAAAUCCAAAUGGAAUAGAUUUUAUUGGGAUAGAUAUUACCCAAGCCCAUUGGAGAGGAGGUGACAGUGAUCACAUUUUGGGUUUAAGAGAAAUGAGAUGGAUAUUUGAGUUGGAUACAAUGACACCACAAGGUCUGAACGUUGUCUUUGAAAUUAACCAAUUUAUAUAAUUCUAAUUUCUUUUGUGCUCCCUUUUCUUUCCAGCAUCUGUAUUUUAUAUUUAGGUAUUAUAUUGUUUUUUAAAUAUUUAUGAUGCUAUUUUUUAUGCCUUGUUAUGUAAGUUCUCAUAUGCAGAUUAUAUAUAAAUAGGUUUAUUUUAUUAUUUUCUAAAUUAUAUAUAGAAAUAUAUGAAAUGAGGUUUUUAAAUUAAUGUGUAUUAAAAAUACUAGCUAGUAAGGAACUGUUAUGUUAUAAAUGUGACGUAAAGACGCCACAUAUGCUUUGGUACGUCCGGACUACAAAACAUGUGACCGGAACCGGAAAUGACGUAUGACGUCGGAACGUAAUAACGCAGAAGGCGUUCCGACGUCAGGACCGGAAGCGGACGGACGUAACUCCAAUGGAGGAAGGAAAGUGCGCCAAAUUUAAGUAUUUUAUUCAAGAUACCUUGGAUAUUGACAUCACUUCGGAUGAAGGCAAACAGCCGAAACGCGUCAAGUGACUGGACUCUUACUUUGGGACUUCAAUUUACUUUAUAUAUUUGUUUUUAUUUACUUCAAGAUCUUUUGAAAAAUAAAGUGUUUUUACCCCCUGCUACUCUGCGUCCUGGAGGUUUUACACAUAAAGAAAUAAGUUCCCAGUGGAGGUCCUGCUGUGUAUUCAAGGCAUUAAGUCUGAGCCAGCUAAUUAAGUGGCUCUCUCUAUAUUGACUGACUGCAGUGUGGGUAGUAUUUUCUUAUUGUGUGUGCUCUCACCAAUUUGCUAUUUGUUAUUAUUCACUUAUUUCCUGUUGUGGUUUGUGUGGCCCACAAAGGUGAUAGUAGCACCUAUAUAUUUAGGGAUUCAUUCACUAUUGUAUAUCAUUGUUUUUGAAGUGGUCUGGGUGCCUAGAGUGGUCCUUUAAGUACUGUGUAGAAAAGAAAUGUAAUGUUGCAAGAUGUAAUAAACAUUUUGUCUACUCUACAUGGUACUCCUGUAUAGUGUUGCCUAAUCUAAUCUUGACUGCUUGAAGAAAAAUUGUUGGAUCUCGUAUUUUCUUUGAUUGUGCUUUUGUGUUAUGCAAAGAUCAGUAAGUUGGGGUUGCUUGGUUGAUUUGUUAAAUAUUGUAUGUGUUUUUGUUUGUGGACCCACUCAUCCUUUUAUAUCUAGCUUCAUGGAACAUGGACUGUAAAUUAAUUCACAUUCAUUCAGUACUGUGAAUUGAGAACUAUUCUAUCUUUUAUCACCGCCUUGUGGUAUAAGGUUAACUUAUACCUAAGUGUUGCGUUAAAGUACAAUAAAAUGCAAUGAGGUAACUUACCCCACGUGUGUGUAUAUAUAGAUGUAUACGGAGGUACAUAAAAGACAAGAAGAUACAGAUAUAGUGAUGAUGGUAAUAUACAACAAGUAAGAUGACUCUGGUCAGUUCACUCACAUUUAAUGGAUACUGUAGAUAUUGGCUCUGUAUAGAUCGCUGUUGUGCUCUUAGAGCAGCAUCACACCCCUCCUUCAAUCCAAUAUACCCUCCAGGAAAGAAGAGAGAGAGAAAUGGGCCGCCAAUGCGUAGUAUCAAUGAUAUAAAAUAGAUAAAAUAAUUAGUAGGCAUUGAGCUCACCUUGUUUAGAGCUUAAGUCCCCUCUCUAAGGUAUGAAGGUAUAGUGCCACUAUAAAGAUGAUGGCACUUUCCUUAAUGAAGGUUCCUGAGGCUGCAGAGGACUCUCAGUAUAUACAUUUAUUGACAUUUUACUUUAGGUAUCAGAGGCAAUAUGAUGGUUGCUGAAGUCUGUCAAUGAUUGCUGGCAAUCAGUCAACGUUUCCAACCCCCAUCAUGCUAAAUUAUUUAUUUGAGGGGGUGGGGGGGGAGAGGAGGGGCGUUUGUGUGGGAGAGUGACGGGGGACGGGGGGGUGUUGGAGGGGAGAGUGACAGAGUGACAGCAAGAAUGUUCUUAUAAUCGAAGUACCCAGAGCGGAGUCCCUGAACAGUAUGGGACUCCAUAGUACCAGCUUCUGGUACCGCUGGAGAUAGGUCAAGGUCUUUGAUGAUCCGGUUACAGGUGUGGAGGUCUUAGCUUGCAACGCCAUCUCGAACCUUUGUAUGUCCUCUUUUCGGACUAUGGUACCAUUAGAGGCAUAGGUACAUUCCAAAAGGAAAUUCUUCUUUGAGCUGGCAGGAAGAAGUGUUAGAAGUAUCUUUAGGAGGAGUUGCAUAUGUCUCAGGAGCACAAGGUAGAGACUUCUCAGGGGUACAGGGUAUGUUGUUUACCAUAGUCUGGGUGCCCUUUGUGUCCUGGAGCGUGGACAGGUCUGGCAGCAACCUAGGCAGUUUCCAGACUGUGUUCCAGGGAUGACAGGACGAGCCCGUAGGGUACUCAAUAGAAGAGUUCUUGGCCUAGGUGGACGAGUUUGGUAGAGAGAGAUGAAAUGCUAUCUUUCCCCACAGUAUAAACACAGGCAAUGGACUCUCCUAUGGGCUCGUUCCUUAGUAUGCAACCUAGUUCGGAUAAUUCCGAUCUCCAUGGGUUCCUCCCUGUCCACUGGAGUCUCACGGUGACAAGGCAAGUCCCUGGCGAUAGGUUCACGCUGCAACAGGAUGGGGUCAGGCAUCAUAACGAAUGGCUCCGGGACUGGGCGUACUGUGCCUUUAAGGAUCAGAACUUCACACUGCAGCUCCAAAACAGUCUGGGCCAGGCUUGAUACUUGCUGAGCAAGGGAGGUGUGCAGCUUACAGAUCUCUGCAGACUCCAUAAUGGUCAGUUCAUUAUGUCAUGAUCUUACCUGAGGUGGGAGUCUGGUAGGCAGAGAUAUAUGCUCACCCUUGCAAAUAAAUACAGACCAAGGUGGUCAGGUUAGAAUUCACCUGGCAUGUGAGGAUGUGCAGAGAUAUAGUCCAAGUCGCAGUACGGGCAAGUACAAUCAGAAGAGUAGUCGUGGAGAGCCGAAGCCUGAUGUCAGAAAAAUCUAAGCAACAAGCCAAGGUCAGGAACCAGGAACAAACUGGAGAACACACAAUCUGGAUACGUAGAAACAGGAGCCGCAAACGUGAACCAGAGUCAAUGAACUGACAUUGCCCUCAGGGAGAGGCAGUGUGUUAUACCUGGCUAAUCAGUGAUAAUAUACAGGUGAACCAUGAUUGACAGGAGCAGUCACAGGUUAAGUCCAGCCCCCAGUGCUGGAGACACGGCAAGGAUAAGCUCCAGGCCAAAACAAGAACUGAAGUGGCUCAGAGGCAGGAACUUAGGUUUAUAACCUUGACUGGACAGAUCUGGGCUGCUUAAGUUCAGUUCUGUACAUAAAAAUGUCUUUCUUAAGCACCUGCAAGAGGCAAAUUGCUUUCUCCCACCCCCCUCCACUAAUUGAAUCUUUUUUUUUUUCCUUCCAUCCUCCUCUCACUGUCUCAGAACUUAUAUAUGCGGCAAAACGCAAUCAAUGACUCUAUGGGAAGCGUUGGAAACUCUGAAUCUAGGUGCUUGUGACGGACCGCCAGGCACCCUGACCAAGUACAUCUAAUUCGCUGCUUCCUAGUACUGAUGAGUACCAUAAGCGCUGUGUUGAAGCACCAUAACCACUGUAAAAUCCAUGAACCGCCGCAGCUUGGUUGGGGUCUCGCCGUCCUCCACCCACAAUGGACCCAAGACCAGGAUCCAGCUACCAGUGGGUAGGUCUCUCUUGGUCUCGAGAGUGAAGCAGGAACAAGUUUUUACAAGAGCUUAGUGAUUAUAGCAAUCCCCCAGAAUGUAGUUCUCCAAUCCCCCAAACAUGAGCCAAGACAUCAUGAAGGUGCAAGAUGAUCUGAGCCUUAAUGGUUCAGGUUGGCUUUUAUACAAUUCUCCAGGCCAGAGGAACACCCCCUGGACCUGAUGGGGCACAGGAACACAAAGGACAUAAACCAAUCCGAACAUACAUACAGUCUGUGACAUGCCCAUGUACAACACAAAAUCCCUCCCCUCUGCUUGGGAGAUAAUUGAGUAAAGUCCUGUAAGUAACUCCAUUAUCUCCAUGCAGAGAAAACACAUUUUCACAAAGUUCAGAAAGUACCCCAAAACAUAACAUACCCCCAAAAUUGUUACAUCUGGAUAGCCCUGAUUUGGGUGAACAACAUAUCCAAAAAUCACCCAGAUCAGAGCAGGGGUUCAAAAGUUUAAUGGAAGUCUCUUUUUGACCGGCUGUAAGCUUGGCUUCAUGCCCAAAACAGUUCCAGGUAAUUAGGGAAAGCAGUCGGUCUUUCUUUGUGGAGUACAAAAGUACUUACAUUACAUGAAUGGAGCCUUUUAAAGUGUAUUGGGGCAUGGUAUAUUGCAGGGCAAGAGGCAAGCAGACUGGUCCCAAAACUAGUGGUAAACUCACAGAAAAAGGGAAGUUUUUCACAGUGCUGAAAUAGGUUACACCUCUAGUGGCUGCCUGAGUGACUGCAUCAAGAGGUGUUACUAGGCAGCAGUGUUAAUACCAAUACAGAGAACAGCUCAAAUCGGGAGGGUAGUUGUUAGUAGAUACAAAUAACUCCAUAUCACUAAAAAUAAAGUAGGCAGCUUCACAACUAAUAUGAGCGACUAUUAAUGAUAAAAAAUCAACAAUAAAAUAGUGUGAGCGCUCCAGUAAUAAAGGUACUCAAUAAAUAUCAUAAAGUCCACCACUUCAGCAAUGAAAAUCUUAACUAAAAUCCUAGACACAACUCCAAAAUCCAAACUGUACAUAAAAACACACUCUUUUACUUAGAGAUAUAGCACGCAUAUAAUACUCAUUUAUUAUAGACAAAUAAUUAAAAACGAAAAAACAAGACCAUGAAUACAAAAGUAGCUAAAUAUAGACCAGCAAGGAAUAAAUGCGCCGAUAGCAGCUGGAUACAAUUAAACAGGCUCCAAUCAUACAAAGUAGCCUUUCAAACCGAUGCAUAAAUAAACAUAUCCGACCGGUUAUGAGUGUAGCAUUGUAUACAUGCACUUUGUAAAAAUAGGGGUUUCCCCAAAAGCCAAAACUAUAGCUCCAGCGAGGGGCCACUCCACUGGAGCUAAUGAGUGCCAAAAAUAAAAGAAUAGAAGAAUGUUUUUUUUUUUUUUUUUUUAUUUAAAUUGGUUUUUAUUUCUCGUGUACAAGGAAAUGGGUUACAGAAAGAAAAGGGGAGCAUUCACUGAUCACAUUUCAGGGUUACAUGAACAGUGCAUCUUUGAUACAUUUCACAUCACACACAUAAGCGUCCCGGCAUAAAACUUGUCCGGGGUUACAGCAAGGUUAUACCAAAAGGUGUACACUUUUCCUUUAGUGGAGGUCGGAAAGCAAGAAGUUGUCCCCUUACCGUCCCGGGUAUGGUGGUUUGUGUGAGUAACCGUAAAGAUCAACAGCUAGUGGGGGGGAUUGCGGGGGGGUGGGGAGGGGGAUGGUGACCCUGCCUAGGUCGGGGUGGUCAUUAUGUAGUUUCUUUUAAACUCUUCCCGUGUUCAACAUAUUUUGCUGUUUCAUGACUCGCUCCUCUUAUCUGACUGCUAAGGGUCCAGUCCCGCCCGGGGCUGUCUCUUGGACGGUUAUGUCCUGGAAUGAGUCCAAAACUCUACCAGGGUUCCCAAGUCUUGAGGUGUCUAUUACGUUUCCCCAUUAUCGACCAGUGGAUCAGGGCGUUUGCCUCACCUAGCAAAAUGUGCAAUAAGUGUUGCCUGUUUGGUUCUCUAAAUGUGCGUGGCCAGCCAAGCAGUACCUGGGGUGCUGCUAGGCGGGUGGCUGGUGCUAGUAUCUUUGUAAUCUGAGAUUAUGAGUUGCCAGAAACGCUGAAUGUCCUGGCAGCUCCACCAGAUGUGUAACAUAUCCCCUCUACCGGCUGAGCAUCUCCAGCAGAUAUUGUUAAGUGAAGGGCAUAUAGCGUGUAAUACGGCUGGUGUUCUAUACCAUCUGGUAAUCCGUUUUAAUAGAAGGUCUCUUUACGCGUGACACUGAUCGAGGUUUUGAGACCUGUCUCCAUAAUACUAGACCAGUCCUUGUCUGAGAGAUGUAUGUGAAGGUCUGUCAUCCAUUUCUGUUGGAAUGUGGGAGUCGUAGGGUCCCUGUCUGCCGACUGUAGGAUACGGUAUAUUUUAGAUAAGGGCCGUUUACGGUCGCCCUUUGGGCCACAAAGGAGUUCAAAGUGUGUAUCUCCUCUUCGGGUCCAGAGGGGGAGGACGUGUCUCGUCAGGAAUCCCUUAAGCUGUGCUCUGCUCAUAAUGUCUAUGAGGGUGGUGUGUCUCUGUGUUACUUGUCUAUCUUUAAAUGUAGGUGGGUCAUCCUCAGUUAGUAGCUCAGUAAUGUCCGGUGAGUGCGUUCCCGUGAGGCGGGCAAGAGAGGGCCCUCCCUGUCCUUGCUGGAAGUCAGGAUUAUAGGCUGUGGGGAAAAAUCUCGAGAUUCCAGGGGACAGUCCCCACUUAUCUUUGUCGUCUCCAGACUGUGAGCGUGUUGUGAAUGAGGGGGUUAGGUGUUUGAGUUGGCAUGUUUGCCACGGGAGGGUCUUAAGAGGGACCGGUACAAAGCUCUGUUCUAGAUCGUACCACGAUCUUUUCUUACUUGUGUCUGUCCACUCUUUUAGUCUGGUAAGUAAGACUGCUACAUAAUAUUUAUAUAUGUGAGGUAAUCCCAAGCCCCCCCUGUCCGUGGUGGACGCCAGUGUGGUAAAGGCAAGUCUUGCCGGUUUGUCUCCCCAUAUAUAUUUAACGAAGAUAGUCUUCAUUCGUUUAAAAAAUGUCCCUGGAAGUGGAAUAGGCAGGGCCUGAAGUAUAUAUAGUAUUUUUGGCAGGACCAUCAUUUUUAAGACACUGAUCCUGCGCUUAUCCGCGUUGAUUUUAAAAUUUGAUAGCGAUCCGAAAAUUUGAAUCUCCGACUGUAUGUGAGGUAGGGUUUUUAUGUGAUCUGUGAGUGUAAACAGAACGUCGUCCGCAAAUGCAGAGACUUUCACUUCGCCUCCAUGGUACCUGAAUCCGUGUAUGUCGGUAUUAGACCGAAUCGCUGUUAGGAAUGGUUCCGUGGCUAGGACAAAUAAUAGGGGAGAUAGAGGGCAGCCUUGGCGUGUGCCAUUUGUAAUGUGGAAGGGUGUAGAUAGUUGGCCGUUUACUCUGACUCUGGCUGAGGGGCCUCUGUAUAAAGUCUGUAUCCAGUUCAUAAGUCUCGGGCCAAUUCCCAGGACCUCCAGGACUGUGAACAGGUAGGACCAGUCUACCAUAUCAAAGGCUUUCUCAGCAUCUAUUGCCAUUAAGAGUGUUGGUGUUCUAUUGAUAGUUGCUCCAUGUAUAACAUUUAAGAUUUUCGUGGUAUUGUCCCUGGCUUCACGUCCCGGCACAAAGCCGGCCUGGUCUGGAUGGACCAGAUUCGGCAGUAACGGUUUAAGCCUGUUUGUUACCAUUUUCACCAUCAAUUUGAGAUCUAGGUUUAUAAGGGAUAUGGGCCUAUAGCUGCCGCAUUUUGUGGGGUCUUUGCCUGGUUUAGAAAUGAUAGUAAUCGAGGCACAAAGCAUGGGGGGUGGAAGCACCGUGUCGUGGUUGAGGCCAUUCAAUGUGUGUAAAAAGUGAGGGGAUAGCUCUUGUGUUAAUGUUUGGUAAUAUCUUACCGUGAGCCUGUCUGGGCCCGGGCUUUUCCCCUUCGGUAAGGACUUAAUGGUCGCGAGUAGCUCCUCCUGCGUGAACGGUUCAUCUAGCGUGUGUGAGUCAGCGGCCGGGAUAGUGCGUGGGAGGUGUGCAGUGACAUAUUCUCUCAGGUUGUGGAGUUGGCCAUUUGGGGGGGCUAGGUUAUAUAAAUUUGAGUAAAAAGCGUUGAAUGCCUUUGCUAUGUCAUCGGUGGUGUUACAUGCCUUCCCUGUGCCGUCUGAGACCUUGUCAAUGAAGGAUCUCUGUUGUUUAGUUUUCAGAGCUUUGGCCAAUAGUUUCCCACUCUUGUUACCUUGAGCGUAGAAAGUGCUCCUUGUCAAUUGUACUGAUCUAUAUGCCUUUACAGCUAAUAACGAUCUUAGUUCUAUGCGUAGGGCAGUCAGGGUCUGGAAAUUGUCGCUAGUGGGAUCUUGUUUGUGUUUUGUUUCGGCUACAUGUAUGGCCUCUGUCAAGGUAUCAAUUUUACGUGAUCGUUCCUUUUUAAUCCUAGAACCCCACUUAAUGAAAGUGCCCCUGAUGACCCCUUUGUGGGCCUCCCAGACCCAUGAAUCCGAUACCCCAUUGUUUCUGUUUUCAAUAAAAUAAUUGUUCAUAGUCUGUCGUAGGUCUACCAGUACCCUGGGGUCAUCUAGUAAAGAUUCGUUUAAUUGCCAGUGAGAGGCAGGUUUAGGUUCUUUUUGGAUGGUGAGUGUCAGGAACACUGGGGCAUGGUCUGACCAUGUGAUUUUCCCUAUGGAUGUUUCAUUCAGUAAGGGGAGGUGUCUGUGGCUAAUGAAAAACAUAUCUAUUCUAGAGUAACUGUUAGCUGUUUGUGAAUAGUAGGAGUAGUCCUUUUCCUGUGGGUGUAGUAUGCGCCAGCAGUCCACUAGUUGGUGUGAGUGGAGCAGCUUUGAGAGCAAGAGUCGUUGGUGGCGUCUAGUGUCUGUGGCCCUAGAGGAGCUGUCAAUUGAAUGAUCAAGUACCAUAUUCCAGUCCCCCCCACUAUCACCACUCCCUCAGCAAAUCCCUCCAUUUUGGUCAAGUAGGAACGGAUAUAGGGAGUUUGGUCUGCAUUAGGAGCGUAGAUAUUCGCUAUUGUCACUAGUGUACCAUUAUAGACUCCUUUGAUGAACACAUAUCUGCCCUUGGGGUCAAUUUUAAUAUCUGACUUCACAAAGGCGGCACUAGACGCUAUAAGUAUUGCCACCCCUCUGGCUUUCUUGUGAGCGUUAUUGCUGUAGUAUGCUGUGUGGGCGCCUUUAGUACGUAUUUUCGGUUGAAAGUCCCCUCUAAGGUUGGGUCUCUUGCAAUAAAAUUAUAUCUGCUCCUUGUCUAUCUAUCUCCUGCGCCAGCAUAGUGCGCUUCAUAGGAGAGUUCAGUCCCCGCACAUUCAGGGACAUUAAUUUAGUCCGGGUCAUUUUAGCAUUCUAUGGGACAAUAUCAUAUCGGGUGAGUCAAAACAUUCGUUGUCUAGCACGAGAGUCGUUUGGGUUAAAUAGGCAGGAUUGGUUUUGGGAAGGUGAACCAGGGAUAAACAUAAACUAUAUACAUCGGUACGAUAUGGCAAAUACAUAUCGUGCGUUGAGAUUGGCGCUAGACUUGUGGGUAAUGCCAUCGUGUCCACAAGUGUUUGCAGGGCGCCUCUUUUGGGGUGGUGGUCGGGGUGGCUGACCGGGGUGGUCUCAGGGGUUCCACUGGGAUGUCUGGUCUAAACUAAUAGCCUCCGUUUCCAACUUGUCCGACGGACUCGUGGGUCAGGGGUUGGCGUGGUUAAUAAUUAAGUCCCUGUGGACCGGGCCUUUAGCGUCUAUAGUCAUUCGUAACAUUCAGACAUAUAUCAUUUAAGGCUUUGGGCCUGAUUAUGGCAAUUUCAAUAAAACAAUUUUAAGUAGUGUGUAAAAUACAUAUUAAAGUAUAACUAAAGUUGGCAACAUGGUGAGACGUAGGUUAAUACAUCAGAGUUUGUGAGCUUAGUGCAAUUAUAUGGCAAUAUAAACAGUUAUAUAGUUAUGAUAUACGACCGUAGAGCUUCUCAGUCAGGCUCUUCCCUGGAGGGUGCGGUGUUGUCCGCGUGAGGCUGGGUUUGCCUUCGUCUCUUCCGUGGGGUCUUUUGCCAUUUAGAUUUUUGUGGGAUUUGCUUGGUCAUGAUCCCGUUAAGUCCUGUCCAGUCCUCUACGGCAGAUAUCGGCAGGUUCAAUGCUUUCUGAAAUCCUGUGACCUCCGCUGGUGUGGUAAUAACAUGAGUCCCUUCCGGAAGAUUCACAAUCAGUGCAAACGGGAAGCCCCAGCGAAAUUAAAUUUUCUUCUCCAACAGGGCUUGUGUGACGGGUCUCAGUGCUCGUCGCGCCAGUAGUGUAGAGGGUGAGAGAUCUUGAAAGACCGUCACCAUGUGACCAUCCACUGUUAGAUUUUUAUUUUGGCGGGCUUUAUGAAAUAUUUCCUCUUUAAGGGUAAAGUUGUGAAUCCGGCAUGUAAUGUCCCUUGGUUUAUCCGGAGCUAAGUUCCUGGGCCUAGCAGCCCUGUGUGCCCUGUCAAAGGCAAUGACUGUAUCAGGGGGUCUGGUCAAAAUACGAUUGAAUAGCGUGUUGAGGAUUUGAACGGGAUUUUCAGUAAUUCCCUCAGCGCCUUCUGGUAUACCUCUCACUCUCAGGUUAUUUCGGCGCCCCCUGUUGUCUACAUCUUCCAGCUGCCUCUGCAGGUACCUUAUUGCUGCAGCAUGCAUCUCCUGUGUGGUGUAUGACUUAGCCCAUUGCUUAUCAGCGUUUUCCAUUUCCUCCUCCAUGGCCUGUACCCUAGCUCCAAGGUGCUUUACAUCUGCGCUGACCGCCUGGAGUUUUUCGCUGAAGCUGUCCUCCAACUUCUGGAACAUAGCUGCUAUAUCUGUUUUGGAGGGCAGUUGAUGUAGUAAUGCACUUGAUCCUCAGUGGAUCCGUCCGAGGCUGUCGGGCUUGAUGGCUGGCUGCCGCGCAAAUGUGCAGUGGGCGCCAUUUUGUCCCGCUUGUGCGGGUCUGUUUGUUCGCCGAACAAUCUCCUCAGGGAGGUUUUGGCUGAUGGCUGGUCGGUCGCGGGGGGGUUCCCCGUCGUGUUGCGCUGCUUUUUCGACGCCAUUUGCGGUAAUGUAUUGCCGUUAUACCCCGUAGUCUCCCGGUCAGGGCUGGAGCUCAGCGCUCAUGCGACCAUGUACCUCGGCGUUCAGACCGCGCCCCUCGAAUGACUGUUCUACAUGUAUAAAUUCAAAUUUCAUGGGGAAAAGAAAAUUGGAAUGGCCUUUUUUUUUUUUUUCAGAGCUGUAUGUCACAUCAAAUUAAAGCCUGUUUUGUCCUUAAAACAAAAAGUAUAUAGAGAAACGUGGAAAUUGUGGUUGAACACACCGCAAAAAAGACAGUAUCUUCUGAACACCUUUGCCUUGGGUUUUGAAACCUUUUCUGAAAACUUCUACAGCCAGUAUAUUGAAACUUUUGUGAAAAUUAGGAAGUAUUGAAUCUCUUCCUAAAAAGUAAGCAGAUCAUUUUGCUGCCUGGUAAACACCUACAUAUCACUAAAGAUAUACUGAACGAAAUAUUUGUGCUUUGGUGAAUGCAGAAUUUGGAUACCGUAAACAAACUUAAAGAUUCUGUUUCAAAGGGGGGACUCCCAAUUUACUUCUCUCUAUGGUCAGCAAGUCAGUGUUGUAAAAUAUAAAAAUGGUUGAAAUCUUCAUCUCCUUUACCUCUUCCAUUUUAGCUCCCUGUCACUUAUUGUUCUGAUCUAAGCGCUGUGAUUUGGCACCUGGCAAUCAGCGUACAGAAGAAAUGGAAAAUUAAACAAUGCUUUUAUUUUUCCUUCUCAUGUGCAAUACUUGUCCAGUUAUCUGAAUUGAAUUAUCAUUUGCUAGAAAUUUGAAGGAAAAAGGGCAUGUCCUAAAAAAAAAAAAGGAACGUUAUAUGUGAUGUUCUAUGAUCUUUCUCGAGAAUUGAUGGUUCUCCUUUCAAUUAAUGGAUUACGCCUCGCAUUAAUCAUUUUAUACAGGGUUUUAAAAAUACUAUGUUACAUGUAUUCUUUAUUGUGUCUGGCUUUUCCACUGUUUGUUUUAAUGUCUCCAUUGAUUGCCAUUUUCUUCUAGGCCAGUCUUAUGAAAUCAGAAUGCUUGAUAACAGAAAAAUUGGGAAUUUGCCUGAAAUUACUGGAAAACUGGUAAAGGUGAGAGUAGUUUUAUACAUCAAAAUAGAAUUUUCUCAGUGUAAUGAAAUAUAUAUUACUAGUGUAAUGACUAGUUUUAUGAAAUCUAUGUAUAUUAUUUGACACAUUAAAGAAGGAAAAAAGGUGGGUCAGUUAAGAGUUCGGAGAAGGGAUGGUCGUUAUUUAAAGGGACACUAUAGGCUUCAAAAACAACUUGAUGAAGCAGUUUUGGUUUGUAGGACAUUCCCCUGCUGUUUCGCUUCUCAAAUUUUUGCCCUUUAAAAGGACACUCCAGGCACCCAGACCACUUCUGCCCAUUGAACUGGUCUGGGUGCCAACUCCCACCACCCUUAACCCUGCAAGUGUAAUUAUUGCAGGUUUUUAUAAACUGCAAUAAUUACCUUGCAGGGUUAAGUCCUCCUCUAGUGGCUGUCUUAUAGAUGCUUUAACCCCUUCAGACCGGAGGGCGUACUAUUACACUCUAUAUUAGGCGGCUCUAAACGCCGCCGGGCACAAUAGUACGCCCUACGGUUUUUGCCUACUUACCCGGUCGCCGGCGACUCCCAGGGAGCCCCCCCGCGGCGGAUCCUGCCUCCUCAGCCCCCCCGCGAGGACCUCACAAUCACAUGGCCGGUAUAGCUGGCUGCAGCAUUGCCAGCAGGGAGGCUGCCUGUAAUGACAGGUGGUCCCCCUGCUGGCUGAAAAUAAAUUAAAAUAAAAUUAAAAUAAGUGUAAAAAAAAAUAAAAAUAAAUAUAUAUACACACAUACACUGUCUAGGUGUAUUUUACUAUAUAUAUAUAUAUAUAUAUAUAUAUAUAUAUAUAUAUAUAUAUAUAUAUAUAUAUAUAUAUAUGCGACUGAUACUGAUUAAAUAUAUAUAAUUAUUGUUAUAUAUAUAUUUCUAUAUAAUAUAAAAAAAUGUAAUAUGUAAAUACGUUAAAAAUAAAUAAAAUUUAUCAAAAUACAUGUAGAACGAAAUAAUAUAUAUCUAUAUACAUAAAUAUAUACGUAUAUAUCACUAUAUAUAUCUAUAUAUAAAUAAAAAUAUUUUAAAAAAAUUAUAUAUAUUCUACAUAUAUAUUUAUGUAAUAUGUUUACAUAAUUAGGUAUCUUAAUUACAAUUAGCGGGACCUGCCUGACAACCCAUGCCAAAAGUUAAGGGAAUGUAAUUUGCUAGCAUUAUAUUUAACCCUAUAACUUUCCAAGACGCCAUAAAACCUGUACAUGGGGGGUACUGUUCUACUCGGGAGACUUCGCUGAACACAAAUAUUAGUGUUUCAAAACCGUAAAAUGUAUUACAACGAUGAUAUCGCUAGUAAAAGUGACGUUUUUUUGUAUUUUUCACGCACAAACAGCACUUACACGGACAAUAUUAUUGCUGCGAUACUUUUUACUGUUUUGAAACACAAAUAUUUGUGUUCAGUGAAGUCUCCCGAGUACAACAGUACCCCUCAUGUACAGGUUUUAUGGUGUUUUCAAAAGUUACAGCGUCAAAUAUAAGGCUUGCGUUUCAUUUUUUUCACAUUAAAAUUCGCCAGAUUGGUUACGUUGCCUUUGAGACCCUAUGGUAGCCCAAGAAUGAAAAUUACCCCUAUGAUGGCAUACCAUUUGCAAUAGUAGACAACCCAAGGUAUUGCAAACGGGGUAUGUCCAGUCUUUUUUAGUAGCCACUUAGUCACAAACACUGGCCAAAAUUGGCGUUUUUGGCAUUUUUCACACACAAACAAAUACUAACGCUAACUUUGGCCAGUGUUUGUGACCAAAUGGCUACUAAAAAAGACUGGACAUACCCCAUUUGCAAUACCUUGGGUUGUCUACAAUUGCAAAUGGUAUGCCAUUAUGGGUGUAAAUUUCAUUCCUGGGCUACUAUAAAGUCCCAAAGGCAACGUAACCAAUCUGGCGAAUUUCAAUUUCAAAUGUAACGUGCUAUAUUUGACCCUGUAACUUCCCAAAACGCCAUAAAACCUGUACAUAGGGGGUACUGUUUUACACGUGAGACAUCGCUGAAUACAAAUAUGUGUAUUUUAUUGCAGUAAAAGCAAACUGUAUUAUGACAUUGACAGUUAAAAUGUCAUGUAGAACUAAAAAAAUAAAAAAAAUCUUUUCUCCCAUUUUAUUCAUAUUAAAUUGUUUCAUAGUUAAAUAUUUGAUAUUAAAUGAAAGCCCUGUUUCCCCUGAAUAAAAUGAUAUAUAAUAAGGGUGGGUGCAUUUACUAUGAAAGAGGUGAAUUACGGUUGGACAGACAUGUAGCGCAAAUGCCAGGUUUUGUUUACAUUUUGUUUUGUUCACAACGUGUACAUUUGGCUCCGUCCUUAAGGUGUUAAACGACACUGGACUUCCUCACGUUAUGUGAGGACCUCCAGCGUCGACAAAAUCUCAAUAGGAAAGCAUUGACUCCUUUACGAGGUUAUACUGCUCUGUUUAUACACUUAUAAGAAAAUCUAGCCAAAGGAGAUAUUUCUACUUUGCGCAGGAGUUAUCUGUCAAUUCAAAACCAAGUUAGGAAAGGCAGGGAACAACAGCAUAUAGUGAAGGAAAAAUAAAAAAAAACCUGUGUUCAAUUGACAGAAUAAAAUCAUCUCCGUAUAUUAAAAAUUGUCUCACUGUGUUUGAAAAUUAGUGCUAGGAUUGUUGGAUAUGAAAAACCAUUUCUAUCUCCCAAACAAAGAAAGAAGAAAUUAGACUGGGAAUCAAACCAUGUUAAUUUGUCUGAGGAACAAUGGAAAAGAGUCAUCUGAAUUGAUGAGACUAGAAUAUCAGUUAUUGGUUGUGAUGGAAUCUGGUAUGAAAGAAUUGCUGCCUGGAUGAGUUAGAUGUACCAAAAAAAGCAUCCUGUAGGAGCAGGACUUGGUCUUUCAGUGAGGAGUGCCUGUAUUACACAGCCAGCAAACCAUACACUUGCGCUAUGACAAAGGGUGAAACUGUAGGAAGGCAAAUGGUGUGAUUUAAAAAUAAAAUGAUUUUUUGCAAAAUGAAGACAAAAAUGUUUAGCGUUAGAUUUUUCGAGGUUGGUUAUUAUGCAUCAAGUUUUCUAUUCAGGUUUAAUUGUGAGAAUUCAGAAUUGAGCAGUUGUUAAAGUCCAGGGUUCUUGUCAGGGGCCCCAAUCUAUUCAAGUGAAAUGUAUUCCUUUUUUUUUUUUUUUUUGGCAUUUUAUUGGUUAUAUUUUCGGUACAGAGUAAUGUAUAAAGUUUUUUGGUACAAAGCUGUGAGAUUAUCAUUAUGGUUAACAUCAAAGCAUAAAUAGUGUAUACAAUAUGAGUGCAUCCGUAAAUGAUGACACAUAAGACCUAAAACAAGAGGGAGAAAGUCAGGCAAUUUACACAUAAAUGGGAAUUUGAUUUGUCAACAUCAUGAACUUGGAGAACGUACAAUGAAGUUAGAUAAAAUAAAUGUCUGUUAACUGAGAGAGUUGUAUCCUAUUAUUAGUAGUUCGGUUGGAAGUGUUUUAUAUGCUGGCAAUAGUUGUAACAACUGUGCUGGUGAGUGUGGUGGUGGUGGUAGUAGUAGUGUCCAACGAUUCACAUCUCAACAAAUUGGGCACAUGUGUUCAAUGAAACGGCAGUUCCUCAAUUUGCUUAAUAUCCUUCACUUUGUUUCCAUUUUUCUACUUUGGGAACGUUGGGAGAUCUCCAGCGGAGGGGGAUCAGUGACUUGUCAGAAAGUUGCCAGAGGCUAUCUUAUAUAGUGAAUACAGAAAUAACUGUAGCCUAGCAUUAUGAGACCGAGGUCCUAUAGGGUGACUAUUUUGAUAUGGUUGUCAAUUGGAUUAAGGUCAGCCCUGAGAUCUAACUCAGGUGAGCUGAGGUUCCCCUGGCACCCUGGGUUGCGCCCAGCCAAAAAAGGCUUUUGCUGAUCGGUUGAAUCAGAAAAACAUCUCCUAGGUCACACAAUCCUGAUUGCCAUCCCUGGCGAGACCUAAACCUCCCCCCCACUUGCAUCUCCGAACCUUUCAAGCUCAGUGCUGAACUUCUUAGAGAGGCCAACAGCAAGAAUAGAGUAUCACCCCGUGUUCAUGAUGAAUCUGCAGGCCUAAAAACUAAGGCAGAUUAGGUUGUGCGAGCAAGAACCCCAGUCCUUCAUUGGUGCAUGACUCUGCUGCCGGAGGUAAUGUGGAAUGAACGAAAGAGUUUGGACUCCACCACAGAAGUAAAUGUGAGCCAAGUUUGACUUCAUUUACCAUCAGUCAGGACGUUAACAACACCCAGGUGCUAGAUGUAGAAGUAGGGAGUCCCAUCUGGGGCCAGGUCUCAAGGACCAACUGCAACACACCAGGCAGUUAGUCCAGGGAUGGGAGAGGUGAGGAGAUGAAAAACAUUGGAGAAACGUCACUGGUGAACAACUGAAAACUGUUUGAAAACCCAAGUUGAUGCCUAGCUUGUCCUUGUAUGGCUCUAUGCAAGGCAGGUAUAUUGGGUAUCUGUAUGUUCAAUUUUUUUAAUGAUCUUGGAUGUUUGUUCAGGGUUAGUUAUUAUAUAAUAUGUACCCCCAUAAUAAAGUGUUGGGGUGAGAGGGAAGCCCCACUGGUACUUUACAUCCUUUGCAUUCAAGUCUUAAGUGAGGGAUCUUUUUGUUCUUUUGGCUUGAAGAGUGGACCACAAAAGUUCCUGAUAGAUAGUGAGGUUGUUGUACAUAUUUGGAACUGAUGUUUGAACCUUCUUUAGCAGGUCCUCUUUGAAGGCAAAAUAGUGGAUCCUGCAAAUUAUGUUUCUAGGAAUGUCGGAGAAUAACAAUCUAGGCUGUAUGAUCGAAGGCAACUCUGGGAUCUUCAGGUCUUCCUAGGAUUCUGCUAAAUAUAACUGUGAGGAAACUCAUGUUUUCGGGCCCUGACGACUCAGGCAUUCCUCUAAUGCACAGAUUAUUCCUGCAACCUCUGUUAUCUAAGACCUUUACAUAUCUAUGUAGAUGGGCCAUUUGUUAUUGUUGUGAUGCCUGUUGUCGGAGUUGUAUCACCUCAUUUAAGGUGGUAUCCUGUUCAUUGAUGAGUCGUCAGAUUGCAUAAAUACAAUUUUUCCAAAAGAUUUACACAAUUUUGGCCACCAGUGUAUAAAAAUAUGUUGGUUUAGAAGUCAACAUUUUAAGCAUGGGGGGGAAAAAACACAUCUAGAGGCUUAUAUGCUUUAAAUAAAGUUAACAAAUGGCCGAGAAGAAAAUAAGGCUUUCCUACUUAAUUAAUUGCAUUUUAUACACAGAUUUCAGGAAAAUUGGUAGAUGAUAUUACUGCUUGCAGUAUUGUAUCAUUUAUGUGUAAACACAGCUGACUGGAGAGAUGCAUUCCAUCUAUCAACCAAAAAAAGUAAACUAAACGCUGUUUUGUAUGUUUUCAUUUAUACUCUGACCAUCUUAUUAAUCGUCUAACCUAUCACAUAACAGUAUACAGUAAGGAAAAGAAAAAAAAGCAUAUAUUAUUUUAUAUAAAACUGGACUAUUUGUUUACUUUUGCUUGCUAGGGCCAAAUUGUAAGCGCAUGAGUCUGCAGGCAAAGUCUAGGUCCAAAAGUUGCACGUUGUUUUGGGGGUUGACUUGUCUAGCGGAUAUAGACCUAAACACACACAUAACACCCCUAAUAUAUGGUAGCUAGUAAAAAUCGCAAGCAUAAACAUCACAAAAACAUAAACUCCUCACACAAAAAAAAGAAUCAAAACGGUUUCUGUGUAUCCCUGGUGUGUUUUUCGGGAAGCUGAUAUUGUCAAGUACAAUAAUUGUAUCAAUUUGUUUCACUCUAAGGGUAUUUUCACAUACUUUGUACCUUUCGAAUAAACCCUAUGUACACUCAGUUGUGGAAUGGGUCAUAUUUUAAUAGCCAUUUUUAAAUCCCUAUUUUGUGCUCUGUCAUCUACAAUAUGGAGCUUAUGUAUGGUGACUUUAUUGGAUUACCUAAUUUGCAAUAUGGAGCUAAUAUGUCUGGUGACUUUAUUAUAUUACUUCUUCAAUUUUGUCUUGAGUUAUUUGGGUUAUUAAGUGGCUAAUCAAUGAUAUUGCUGGACAGCCUAGUACAGAUUCAUGUAACCCCCACUCCCAAAUGUAUGAGAUGCAGUCUGCUUUUUGAAAGUCUGAAUUUUAUCAAUAUCUGUCUUUAUAUUGACAUUGUUUCGAGAAGUGAUUCAUUGUUUUUGGAAUGGACAAAACAUCAGAAAGUAUAUUUUGUAUAAUCAUCAAAGGAAAACGGUUUGUGAAAAAUCUCUUUAUAUACAUAUCUAAAUCUAGAUGUACUAUAUAGUUGUCAAGACUCCAAUGAGACUGUCAGGGAUCUUACCUUGAGCAGGAGUCCGACAUGCAGAGUUAAAGCACCCUUUGCAAUUUUUCAAUGUUAUUUUUUUAUUUUUUUUAUUUCUUACAUGCACAGAAAAAAACAUAAAUUAUAAACAAUAAUAAAACACAAUAACAUGAAAUUAAAUAAAAUAAUACAUAAAUAAAAUUUAGCUUUUCUUUGCUAUUGCCUUAAUUUCAUUUGUAAUCCUUAUAUUCAACUCAUACAAGUGUGCAAGUAAAAAUAAUUGACAUUGACAUCUAGUUCUUACUCACAAGCAGAAUGCCCAGCAUAUUCAUCCUGUUUUAAGUUUUAACAUUUUUUUUUUACUUAAAUCUUUCAGCUUUGCAGUCAUACCCUAUCAGUUAUUUAUUAAUAUGCAAUAAUGUACACGCUUUAACCUCAUAUCUGUUUUAGUCUAUCCCUCCUUUUGCUAUAACCUCUAUUUAUACCAUACACCUAUAUACUAACCAAUCUUGCCAUGCUUUUUCAUGGCCACCUUCUCUUCCUUCUAUUUUAUUUACUAUUCUCUCAUAUUGAUACGUCUAGUCUACUCUUUCCUGCACUUCCAAGAUAUUUGGAUUAUUUUUUUCUAAUUUUGAGCAAUGCUUAUUUUUGCAGCGAUUAAUAUAUGAAUAACUACAUUAUUUUUUAUUCAACACCAAUCUUGGUAUAUAUGUAAAAGAUAGAACUCCGGGAAAUUUGUUAUCAUUGUAUCCAUUAAAAUUUGAAUUAAUAAUUUAAUAUCGUUCCAAAACACUGCAAGACGAGAGCAUUCCCAGAAAAUAUGUAAUAAGUUCCCGUCUCCCUUUGACACCUCCAGCACCUGCCAGAGGUAGCUUCAUACAUUCGAGACAAUUUUGCAGGAACUAAAUACCAAUGCAUUAAUAUUCUGCUAUAAGCUUCCCAAUAUGUAAGGCUGUUAGAUAUUUGUUUAGUGAUUUUUAUAGUUUUAAACCAAUGGAAUAGAUCAAAGGUUUUUAAUAGGUCUCGUUCUCAUAAUAUCAUAUAAGGCAACUUUUCUUCCCCAUUUACAUAUAAAAGGCUUUUAUAGCAUAUUAAAAGAGGUUUACUCUCCAUAUUAGGGUUCAGACAGAAUUUACCCAACCAAGUCACUAAGGCUAUAUCUAAUUUUGACAGCUUAUUUUCUAACAAAAAAUUAUUGAUCCUUAAAUACGCAAAUACCUCUUUAUUUGGAAGGGCAAACACUGCCGGCAAACUAGGAUACGAUUUGAUCCCUACCUACAUUAUAUAACAUAUGCACUUUACUAAUGCCAUUAGUUUCCCAAGUAUUCAAAUUUAAAUCUUAUAUAAAGUACUUUAUUACAUAUAAUGGUGCUAAGACUAAUAGCUUUACACCUUUUAGCAAUUUAGGAGUCCAUUUUGACCAAUGAUAGAGCAUUAAUUUUGUCAUAGAAAGCAUGUUUUUGCCUAUUGACCCAUUCAUUAAGGUCUUCCAUAAAAGCUUUUCUAUUAAAUAGGGUUUAGCGCAAGCUUGUUCCAGUUUUAACCAUACUGGUGAAUUUAAACUGAAAAGUACUGCCAAAGCAUAGGACAACAUAGAUGCCUGAUAAUAUUUAAUAAUAUUAGGAAUGCCCAAUCCCCCUUGUAGAUAUGGAAGCUCUGUAAGCCUAGCUGCCACCCUUGGCUUUUUUUUUUCCCAUAUAUAUACGAGUUAAACAUAUGUUGAAAUUUUUUUUGGCACAGCCAUAGCAAUAGUUUGAAAAAGAUACAAUUUAUGGGGUAAGGCCAUCAUUUUAAUUGUAUGUACACGCCCUAACCAAGAUAUCCCUAAAGCCCCCCAGUUUUUUGGCUGAUCUUUUAAAGGACAACUAUAAUGCCAGGAAAACAUACUCGUUUUCCUGGCACUAUAGUGCCCUGAGGGUGCCCCCACCCUCAGGGUCCCCCUCCGGCCCGGCUCUGGAAGGGGGAAAGGGGUUAAAACUUACCUUUUUCCAGCGCUGGGCGGAGAGCUCUCCUCCUCCGAUCCUCCUCUUCUCCUCCCCGUUGGCUGAAUGCGCACGCGCGGCAAGAGCUGCGCGCGCAUUCAGCCAGUCACAUAGGAAAGCAUUCAUAAUGCUUUCCUAUGGACGCUGGCGUGCUCUCACUGUGAAAAUCACAGUGAGAAGCACGCAAGCGCCUCUAGUGGCUGUCAAUGAGACAGCCACUAAAGGAAAUAGGGGAAGGCUUAACCCAUUCAUAAACAUAGCAGUUUCUCUGAAACUGCUAUGUUUAUGAAAAAAUGGGUUAACCCUAGCUGGACCUGGCACCCAGACCACUUAAUUAAGCUGAAGUGGUCUGGGUGCCUAGAGUGGUCCUUUAAUUUAUGUAAUACAGGAAUAUGAUUGUGCUUAAUUAAGAGAGAGCUUGUUUUAGUAAGUUUUAUCCCCAGGUAUGUUAGAAAAUCUUUGCGCCAAUCGAACGAGAAAGUACCUGCUAAUUGAUUUAUCUCUGCUUUAGGUACACCCAACGGUAACGCCUGGGUUUUUUUUUUUUAACAUUAUUUUUAUUAUAGGAGAUCAUGCUAUAUCUUUCCAACAGUUUUACUAAAUAUGGUAAUGAUUCUUUAGGUUUUGAUACAAAUAAAAGUGCAUCAUCCGCAAAAAGAGCUAAUUUUUGUUCCCCUAUCGGGGUUUUUAACCCACACAUACCAGCAAGUUGUUUUAUGUGUCUAAUCAAGGGCUCUAAGGUUAUUAUAAAAAUGAAUGGGGAAAGUGGGCACCCCUGGCGUGUUCCAUUUGAGAUCUCAAAUUUAGAGGAUAUAAAACCUUCGCUGAUGGUUUUGAGUUUAAUGCCAUAAUAUUUUUCACAAAGGAUUGUGGGAAAUUGUAUUUCUGGAGGACAUGCUCCAUAUAACCCCAAUUCAAACGAUCAAACGCAUUUUCAGUGUCCAAAGCAAGCAAAAUCCCUUGGUGAUUAUUAGUGUUCGCCCAUUCUAUAAGAUUAAUAUGUCUUGUGUUAUCCUCUAUUUGUCUACCUGAAACAAAACCAGCUUGCUCCUCUGAAAUAAGCCCCAAUAGGAUCAGUUUUAUUCGAGAUGCCAAUACUUUAGCAUAUAUUUUUAUAUCUACAUUUAGGAGUGAAAUGGGCCUGAGGUUGCCGCAUUCUGUUGGUGAUUUAGCAGGCUUAGGAAGGAUUACUAUAAAUGCCUCUAACAAUUCCGGCGGUAUCACACUUGGUGUUUUAAAGCUAUUAAAAAGCUUCGUAAGAAAUGGUGUCAAGAUCGGUUCCAUUUUGAUAUAAUAAUAGUUAGAAAAACCAUCUGGCCCUGGUGGUUUAUGUUUGGGAAGAGCCAAUAUAGCUUUGCUUAUUUCGUCUUCUGUAAAUGGCUCCGCCAACAUCUGUUGUUGACUCACUGAAAUUUUAGGAAGAUAUAUUUCCUCCAAAAAGUUCUCUAUUUCAGAGCUAGAAGGCUGUAAUAUAUUUGAGUCUUCCGUUAAAUUAUAAAGUUUCCUAUAAUAACUUGCUAAUUCAGCUACAAUAUCUUUUUGGGUUAAAUAAUUUACAAUUAUUCAUCAAAAUCAUAUAGGGGAUUUUUGUUUUUAGCAUUUUAGCUAACAUUUUUCCUGCUUUAUUGCCGUGAAUAUAACAUUUCAAUUUUAAUGCUCUCAUAUAUUUUUGUUUCUGCUAAUGCCAAUACAUCGAGUUCCUUACUUACUUUAGCUAUUUGACUACCAUGCAAUCUAUUUGGUUCAAGUUUAUUUUCCCUUCCAAUUUAGAUAGUACCUGAAGUAAUCUUAAACGUUCAGCAUCCAUUUUAUUUUUACUGCUAGCCCCUGAUUUUAUAAAAAAAAGCCCCUCACUACAGCCUUUUGUGCCAACCAUAACGAGGGGGCUGCUAUAUCAUCCUUGUCAAUUUCCUGAAAAUAUUUAAGUGCCUCCUUAGCUUCUAAAAUUUUUUUUUUUUUAUCAUCGUCCAACACUGCCUCGUUCAUUCUCCACGACCCCAUUCCCCGUCCCGGGUCUUUAGCUUGAAAUGUAACUAUAACCGGUGAAUGGUCUGACCAAGUUCUAAGGCCGAUGUGCACUUCUAAUAUAUUAUUCAAAGUAGGUUUAUCUACUAUGCACAUAUCUAACCUUGAGUAUGUCAUAUGUGCAGAAGAAUAAAACGUAUAAUCUUUACCCGAUGGAUAGAGACAACGCCAGGUGUCUUAUAGAUCGUAAUUAUUGAUCAAUUUCCUUAGUUUCUCACUAUUACUAACGGCAAAGGGAAUAGGGCUUUUUUUCUUCUGUUCUAGAAAUAUCCAGUGUUGAAUCUAGAGUUCUGUUAUAAUCGCCACAUAUUAUCAAAUGGCCCACACGCAAUUUAAAUUUUUUUUUUUUUUUUUAAUGCUGCCUUUAUAAAUUGUAUCUGGAAAGUAUUUGGGGCAUAUAAAGAGACCAAUGUAAUUUCAAUCCCAUUCAAGAAACCCACUAAUAUUAAUAACCGUCCCGCCUCAUCUGUAUAUUGUAUAUUCACUUGAAAACCCCAAUCUGCAUGUACUAAAAUUGCUACUCCUUUAGUUUUAUUAGCUGAAUAUGCAUGAAAUUCCUGUGGGUAUUGUCUUAUUUUUAUUUUUAAUCUAAAGGCCUCUUGAGAUCUGAAGUGUGUUUCCUGUAAACAUAUUACAGCUGCCUUAGAUUUCCUGAAUUCCUGAUGCACCAACCGUCUCUUAUGUGGACUAUUUAAUCCAUUAACAUUCAUGUUAAAUAUUCUAAAUCUUGUAUCCAUAGAUACUUUUUAUGUGUUUUUAUUUUCAGUUGCAUCUUUCGAACACUUAAAACUUUUAGCAUAUUUGGGCCUAAGUCACUAUUAAUUACCUGUGCAUUCCUAAUAUUUAUGCUGUGCUUCCGCUUGAGAGAAAGAAAACUAGAAUAACCAGCAAUACUUUGACUUCAAAUAAUAAAAAAUAAAAUUCACAACCAAGAAAGAAAAACCACCAAAAAAAAAACCAUCAAGUACAUAAACACCCUUAUUGAAAAGGAUAAAUUAAUGGCCUGCUCAGGGAUACCCAUAUUUCCGGUAACGGCCAGGGGGCGUGAGUAAAACGACCCACUCAAUGCGAGGCCAAGCUAGUAGCAAAUGUCAAAACCAAAAAAAAGCUAUCAUACACAUUUCCUCUCCCCCCCCCCCCUCUCACUUUUUAAUUAUAUUUAGUAAUAGAUUAAUUAUACCUAAUUUUUUAUAUUUUCCUUUUUGUUUUACCCAAGCUAUUAUUUUAAAUUUGUAUUUGUAACUGUUACCCAAGGGUUACCCAAGGUUUACUAUAAAUCUAUAUUUGUAACUGUUGCAUUUAUUUACAUCAAUCUUAAUAACGGAGAAAAAAAAAAAGACGGGAAGGAGAGAGAAAAAAAUAAAUAAAAAAAUAAAUAAAACGUGAAUAAUUGUUAUGCUAUCCUUCUUGCCCUGGUCAGCCGACUACUACAUUUACUCGCUAAGCACAACCCUAAUUCGUGUACUAUAACAUAUUGCAGACUAUUAUUUCUUUAUUAUUCUUUUCAUCUUGAAACCCUUGAAGCCCCACCACCACUUGCAGGGAGCAAAAGGCCACUAAUUUUAUGCACAUUAAACUGGUGUUGGCAUACUACUUAAUUUGCUGUAGUCAACUUUAUCAGUCAAAUUAAAGUAAAGUGAGAUCAUAGAUAUCUAUUCCAAAAAAGAAAAUUUAAAAUUUAUUAAAAUAAUAAAAAAUUUUAAAGCCACUUUACAGUUUCUGCAACAUCUAAGCUUUUAUAACCAGGUGUGCCAGCAACCGUCCAUUUUGCUUGUAUUUUCUUUUCUGCUUUAUUUGAAUUCCCAUUCUGUGUUGUUAACAUUUCCCAUUCUUUUAAUUUGUUCCUCGCUUCUUCUGGUUCUUUUAUUACAUGUAAUGCUCCGUUCCGCCAAAUCAACAGUUUAGUCGGGUAGCCCCAACGGUAUGAUAUUUUUUGGGGUCUCAAUACUUUUGUGAACUCCGCAAAUUCUCUUCUCCUUGCUAUAGUUAAUACGGACAGAUCAGCAAAAAUCAGUACAUCUUUGUAAGGAGCAGGGAGGCUAGGCUCCUUUCUUGCUGACUGCAGCAGCAACUCUUUAGAUUUUGGAUAAUGGAAUUUCGCUAUUACAUCCCGUGGUUUAUCUACUGAAAGGUACUGAGGUUUUGGUAGGCGAUGCACACGAUACAGCUCCCAUGCAGAUUCCUCACAAUUAUUUACAAUUUUCCCAUAUAGGCCUUUAAUAUAUUCUGACAGUUCCUUCACACUGACUCCGCUAUUCCUCUUAAACGUACAUUGCUGCGACGUGACUGAUCUUCAAUCACAGCCAUUUUAUAUUUUAACUGCUUAUGUUCAUCCUCCAUGUUUUGUAUUUUGUCAAUCCGUGCAUUAUGAGAGGUACACUAAUUUUCUGUUUUAACCUCCAAUUGCCCUGUGCGCUCACCCAAUUCCACCACUUCUUUAUGUAUGUCUGAAAUAAUUUUUUUUUAAAUCUUCUUGCAAUGUAAUUCUUAAGUUUUGUAACAUCUCAUGUAGCUUCCUUUCAGAGACCGGUUGUUCCAAUAGCUCUUCUUCCUCUAUAAUUGCUUCUAUAGUCUCCUCCUCAUGUGAGUAGGCAGUUGCACCAUCUUGGUCCUGCUUAUUACGGUCUCUUGCUUAGUCUGACCGUACCUGUUUAAUUUGUUUAGCUGGUGCCAUUUAUACCUCCUCGUAUGAAACUUUUAGAUUUUUUCCAACUUUACCAGCUUAACUUGCUUUCCAGAUCUCACUGGGUUAAUUACUUAAAACAGCCUCAGUACAACCUAAACACUGUAACAGUUACUUUUCUGUGACUGCUUUUAUGCACUAUUAAAUUCUGUUAUACACUUUGUGACAGCUUGUAACAGUUUGUAACAUUUGUUAUUCCUUCUGAUACACUGCUGUUAUAUGCUGAAUACACUGAGUGCACAGGGCUUUAUCAAAGGCUUAAUGAAUUUCAGAGGUUUAUAAUAUUAUUCCUCACCUGCUGCUGACACCGUACAGCACUGCUUGCAGUUUCACUGUUCCAAUUGAAAGCUGCUGCCUCACUGCUCCUGUUCCAUUUUUUUAAAGCUUUUUUUUAAAGGCUUUUCUUAGAGCUUAAGGCAUAUAACUUCGGACAUAUAACUUGUAGAAUUUUUUUUUUUUUUUUUUUUAUUUCACAGCUAAUGCUCAGCUUCCUCUCAGCCUGUUACACACAGGUGCACAGCCCAGCUUCACAGCCCGACUGCCGCUCAGCGUGCUUCCUGUCUGCUGCUCACUUUUCUCCGUUCUCAAUUAUGCAAGCGGUUUUUCACAAGCUACAGCUCAAGCCUCUCUUUUGAUUAAUUCCACUAUUAUAUCACCAUAUCUUCACACUACUCCAAGUCUGUUCCGUUUUCUAUGCAAAGUUCCUGCUUCUUUUCAGCCUCAGCCUCGCCGAGCUAGAUUGCAAGCUUCUACUCCAUGUGACCGCACCCGACCUCACACAGAUGGACGGAAGUCCGACAUGCCCCCUUUGCAAUUUGACACAAACCAUGGAGACUCUAGAUAGACAUCUCCAAGGUUGUGAAGUGCACUGGGGCUGUACACAGUGCUUUCAGAAACGUAGUAUAGGCAAGGAUAAUCCAAAAAGAGUAGUCGUGCUCGAAUCAACAGUCAGGACAGGCGGCAAACAGGCAGAAACAGAAGACGGGCAAAGAUUUAAACCAGGAGUGAGACGAGUAGCGAGUUUCCACAAAGCAGAACAAAACGGUCUGACAAUGAGGCUCAAGCAAGGCAGGGUUUAAAUGGGUGGAUAAUAGCCACUUAAUCUGGAAACCAGGAACAUGUGUUCAAUCCCAGCCAGACCCAAGAACAAAAGUCCAAAUAUGGCAUGAUGAGGAUCAUGACAGAGACCCAACGUGCAGGAUGUAAUAUAAAAACGUAUAACGGAUCUUAGAGUGGCUGGACUCUACCUUAGACAGCUAGAGAAUAGUCCAGAACAAGCCAGGGUCGAGGGAGCCAGAAAUCAGGAAAAAAAAAAAAGGGUAUACAAGCCAUGUCAGGAAACUGAGCUACAGCGGCAGGAGUAGAGACUGGAAGCAGGAUCACGGCCAGAAAUGUUAGGGAACAUUACAAUAGUUUGCUGAUGAUAAAUAUCUGUGAUGUAUCCUGAAGCCAUUUAGUCUUGCAGAUAUAUAGUUUUUUAAAUUUAUUUUUACACCAACUGUGAAAGAGAUUCACAUUCAAAUAUUUUUUUAAGAUACAGAUUUAGGUAAUCUACCUGCUCUCUGUUUAGAUAUCAUUGCCCUGCCAAUGAGUUUGGCUUGUUGGAAGUUAUAUUAUACUUGGUUUAGUUUUUUGGAUCCUAUAGUGUAACUUCACUUAAAUUUAAUUUUUUUUCAAUUGUGUUUUAUAUUGUAUAAAAUUACAAUUUUCAAGGCUAUGGUACAGGAUCAUAGCUUAAAUUGACUCACUACUUACGAUAUGUCAGAUCCUGGACACAGCUUUCCUGGAGACCGACUAGUCUUUUCUCUUUAGUUUUUCUUUACUUCACUCUCUUACUUUACACUAUUCUCUUUCCUCUCAUGUUAAACUAAAAUAAAACCUAACGGAAGGCGGAAAAUGGCAACGAUAAAGCUAAAUAUUGCUGAACGCUCUCUCGGCAACCCUCGCAAGCCAAAAGUGCAAUAUGGUAUCCACUGUUAAAAUUCUGUAAAGCUAUUUACCAUUUAUUGUGUCACAAUGUAUUUCAUGAUUGAUGUACUACAAACUGUUGAACUUUGAAUGUUACUAUGGCCAUGACUAAGCUGGAAUGCUAUUAUAUAAAUAAAGAAAUUUAAAAAAAUAAGACAAACCAUUUGAAGCAUUUAAUUCCUGUUAAUGACCUUUUUCUGAGUAAGGCAUUUUUAUGUUUUUCUCUUUUAGAGUAUUAUAAGAGUUGUAUUUCACGACCGAAGGCUGCAAUAUAUGGAGCAUCAGCAAUUAGAGGGUUGGAGGUGGAACCGUCCUGGGGACCGUCUUCUUGAUUUGGGUAGGUUGCAGAAACUGCAUUUGCUAUACUGCUUUGCUUAUAGUGUUCUUUUAAGAAUUCUAAUGUUAAACAUAAUUUGCAGUUCUUUUAACCAUCAAACACAAACAUGGAUUUUUAUAAUUAGAAUAUCACAACUGCCUUGAGAUUUAUGUGCAUUUCCUGUAAUCAGACUUAAUGUAAUUCUUUGCUGCUGAAGUUCAAGUCCAUUGAUUUCAUUAGAAACAAACCCAAUCUAUCCAUUUCUGAACUAGUUUUCUCAAAGUGGUCAUGUGAACUGAUCCUGGUGAAGCUUUGGCUAUGCCUUUCCUGGCUCACUGGCAAAUGGCUCAUCUCCUUUUGACAACCCAAUAAUAUUAUUUUUUUCUUUAGAUUAUUAUUAUAUUUAUAUAGGGCCAACAAAUUUCGUAGCACUUUACAAUGGAUGGACUAACAAACGUAAUUGUAACCAGACAAGUUUGACGCACAGAAACAGAGGGGUUGAGGGCUCUGCUCAAUACAUGCCAGAGGGAGUGGGGCAAGGUGACACAAAAGGUAAGGGAAGUAUUAGGGAAGUAGAUUGGUAGAAUAGUACUCAAUGAAGACUUAGUGUGGAUCUUCUUGGAGCCAUUAACAGUUUAAUUGAUAUGCUUUUGUGAACAAGUGAGUUUUUAAGGAUUUUAUGAAGGAGUGGAGACUGGGUGAGCAUCUAACGGAGAAGGGACGGUAGUUCCAUUGGAACUGUGCAUAUCUAGAGAAAUCUUGAAUGCGAGCAUCAGAGGUGGGAGUACGAACAGAGGAGAGACUAAGGUCUUCGGCAGAGCGUAGAGGCCUUGACGGGACAUACUUAUGUAUUAGGGAGGAUAGAUAGGUGGGAGUAGCAUUAUGUAGAGAUUUGAAAGCAAGAACCAGAAUUUUAAAUUGAGCCCUAUAUCUUACAGGAAGCCAAUGCAGGGACUGACAAAGGGGGGAGGCAUGGGAGGUGCGGACAGACAAGUAUGAUUGAAAAGAGGAAGAAAGAACACUACCUAAAAGAUAUAGUCUAAAAUUUUACUUUUAAUAGUGAAAAAAAUACAAAGUGAUCAUUUCACACAUUUAAUCUUAGUAAGUCUAGAUAUAUGCAUACCAAGACACAGAGAGAUAAUGUGAAAAUGUAAGAUUUAAAAAUGGACAGACAGUAUCUAGAUCUCAAAGGUGUAGUUAAUAUCUAAAUAGACUUGGGUAUCAGACUCUGAAUAGAAACUGUCUGCAAUUGUGGUUUUCUACUGUUGCAAUUUGUCAAGAGUACUCUGUUACAGUUAAUCAAGCUUUGCAAAUAGAAAACGUCUGCUGCCGUAGUUUCUGAAAACUACUUUGUUGCAAAUUGGUCAUAAACGAAAUUUAACACUCAAGUAGUAUGACACCACAAAAAUAUUGUCUAAUUUGACUAUUAGAUAUAGGCUGCAGUUAGGUGUUCACAAGUAUAAUGUGAAGAGAAAUAAAUAUGUAAGAUAGCACCUUCUGGGAGUAAUCCGUUACAUAGAACCCCAAAGUAGAUAUAGUUAGAAGGUAAAGGUAUAUCUGUGCCUUCAAGGGCACCUGACAGACAGAAGAACUAACUGCAAGUAAUAAGGAAAGAAAGAGGAGAAAGAAAUAAAUAUGUCUAUAUCCUCAAUAAAUAACUGUGCCUUCAAGGGCACCUCUCUUGUAGAUAUAGCAAAUAAUAAAGCUAACUGGCUAGCAUCUAGAUAUCUAAAGCCUUACUCGAUAUCCUUUAAUAUGUCUAGCGUCAAUACCCUACGAGCGUUAUAGCCUCAAAUAAUAUGAGCGGCUAAAUCCUUAAUUUCCCUCCCGACAUGCCCAAGAUCUACGUAACUCUUAACCGAGGUAUAGAUUAUAAAAUAAUUAUCUCUGCAAGUGGCAGAAGGUUUAAUGUAAGGAGGGAUCGAAAAAAACCCGACGCGCAUUUCGCCGGUAAGGCGGCUUUUCAAGGGGAAUGCUAUUCUACUGGACUGUUCUGCUAAAUUAAUGAUUUUUCCUGGUGAAAUUAGAAACCACACACCUAGAGGAAACUAACACUAAAUUACAAAAUGAGAUCGCACAAAUAAAAAGGUUCAAGACAGAUAAUCUCUUUUCACCUAUGGAAACGAAAUUGCAAAAAAACAUUGAACAUUUCAGACAAAAUAUAAAAAUAAAGAAACACACCAAAUUCCAAAGAGAUUUCAAUGAUUUCAAGGAGGGCGAAAUCUUUUGCAAAAAACGUAAAUUUCGUAAAUAUACUAGUAGCCAGAGAGGUUCCACAUCUGCGAAUACCGAAUGGUCGGAUUCAGAUACAGGUCCCUCUAAGUCUAGACAAAGGCAAUAUAACAGGAACACGCGGAAUAACGAUCCAGUCCAAAAUCAUUCACCCACGAGGGGCAUUCUGAAGAGCACUGAUAAAUCAGUUGCAUUCUUAGAUGCCCCAAUUACCUCUGACAGUACAAACUCAACUGCCUCCAAGACUUUUUUAUUUAUUUAUUUUUUUUAGGACAGGAUCUCCCUCGAGAACAGAGGGGGCGCCUGAGGGACAGGGAUCGCUGGGCUUACAAGAAACAAGGACGGGGUCAGAGAUUCUAA